UGACUGCCUCUGCCUCUGCCUCUCUCUCUCUCUCUCUCUCUCUCUCUCUCUAGCUUUCUCUCUCUACUGCAAUCUCGGUUCUUGAUUCCGUUUCGCGGUUCGGUUCGGUCGAGAGCGAGGACCCUUUUGCCGGGGCAGCCGGAUUUUCGGCACCCGAUACAGAGGGGUGAGUAGUCCGCCAGCCGAUCGGGGAUGGCGGACUUGGUGAAGCAGAUCCUGGCGAAGCCGAUCCAGCUGGCGGACCAGGUGGCGAAGGCGGCGGACGAGGCCAGCUCCUGCAAGCAGGACUGCGCGGAGCUCAAGUCCAAGACGGAGCGCCUCGCCGCCCUCCUCCGCCAGGCCGCGCGGUCCGGGUCCGACCUGUACGAGCGUCCCACCCGGCGCAUCGUGGAGGACACCGAGCAGGCCCUCGGCAAGGCCCUCGCCCUCGUCCUCAAGUGCCGCGGCAACGGCCUCGUGAAGCGCGUGUUCACCCUCAUCCCCGCCGCCGCCUUCCGCAAGGCCUCCUCCCUCCUCGAGAACUCCAUCGGCGACGUGUCCUGGCUCCUCCGCGUCUCCGCCCCCGCCGACGACCGCGCCGAUGACGCCUACCUCGGUCUGCCCCCCAUCGCCGCCAACGAGCCCAUCCUCUGCCUCAUCUGGGAGCAGAUCGCCAUCCUCCACAACGGCGGCUCCCCCGACGACCGCUCCGACGCCGCCGCCUCCCUCGUCUCCCUCGCCCGGGACAACGACCGCUACGGCAAGCUCAUCAUCGAAGAGGGCGGCGUCGGCCCCCUCCUGCGGCUCCUCAAGGAGGGCAAGCCCGAGGGCCAGGAGAACGCCGCCCGCGCCAUCGGCCUCCUCGGCCGCGACCCCGAGAGCGUCGAGCAGAUGAUCCUCGCCGGCGUCUGUCAGGUGUUCGCCAAAAUCCUCAAGGAGGGGCCCAUGAAGGUCCAGGCUGUCACCGCCUGGGCCGUCUCCGAGCUCGCCGCCCACUACCCCAAGUGCCAGGACCUCUUCGCCCAGCACAACAUCAUUCGCCUCCUCGUCAGCCACCUCGCCUUCGAGACCGUCCAGGAGCACAGCAAGUACGCCAUCGCCACACUCAAGGCCAAUUCCCUCCAUGCCGUCGUCCUCGCCAGCAGCAACACCAACCCAGCGGCGGCGGUGGCGGCUGUGGGCCCGAACAGGGCGGCCGCAUCGGCCAUGGGCUUGGAUGAGGACAACGAGGGCGCUAGCCUGAUCGCCCAUCCGCUUGGCAACAACCGAGCGAACAAGUUGCUCAAUGUGGUCGCUCACACGAUGGCCAUGGAUGCCGCCUCAAAGCAGGCAGAGAAGCCGGCCGAGGCCAAUCACAUCGCCAAUGGCAAGCAGAGUUACCAGGCGCUCCCGCCACUGCAGCACCGGCACCACCAGCACAGCCACUCGGUGUCCGGGGCCAACUUGAAGGGCAGGGAAUCCGAGGACCCGGCCACCAAGACCCAGAUGAAGGCCAUGUCCGCACGGGCCCUCUGGCAGCUCGCCAGGGGGAACUCCCCGAUCUGCCGCAGCAUCACCGAGUCGAGGGCGCUCCUCUGCUUCGCGGUGCUCCUCGAGAAAGGUCCCGAGGACGUCCAGUUCAACUCCGCUAUGGCCCUGAUGGAGAUCGCUGCCAUGGCCGAGCGGGACACGGACUUGCGGCGAUCGGCGUUCAAGCCUAAUUCGCCCGCCUGCAAGGCCGUGGUUGACCAGCUCCUCAAGGUCAUCGAGAAAGCCGACUCAGAGCUCCUUAUCCCCUGCAUCAAGGCUAUCGGGAACCUGGCCCGGACCUUCCGGGCCACGGAGACCCGGAUGAUCGCCCCACUGGUGCGCCUGCUCGAUGAGCGGGAGGCCGAGGUGUCCCAAGAGGCCUGCAUCGCCCUCGCCAAGUUCGCGGGCACGGAGAACUACCUCCACCUCGACCACUCCAAGGCCAUCAUAGGCUCGGGCGGGGCGAAGCACUUGAUCCAGCUGGUCUACUUCGGCGAGCAGGCGGUGCAGCUCGAUGCACUCGUCCUCCUCUGCUACACCGCGAAGCACGUCCCGGACAGCGAGGAGCUGGCGCAGGCCGAGGUGCUCACCGUGCUCGAGUGGGCGUCCAAGCAGUCCCACAUGAAUCAGGAUGAGAAAAUUGAGGCAUUGUUGCAGGAUGCCAAGAGCAGGUUGGAGCUUUACCAGUCUAGAGGGUCAAGGUUAGUAUACCAUUGAAUUGACCCAAUAAAUGUGUAGAUGUUUGAUCAUUGUCCAAUAGAACCCAGAAAAUAAAAAUAAAAAAGUUUUGUGAACCUUAUUUUCUUUUUCCUUAUAUCUGUUCUUUUCGGUUGUACAUAAAGAGUGAUUUUUCUGUAA